AUGUCGACGUUCGUCAUGCCCACGGAGAUGUACCCGACAGCCAUCAAGAGCUUGUGCCACGGCUUCUCGGCGGCUAUGGGCAAGGCGGGCGCCGCCAUUGGCUCGUAUGGCUUUGCGCACUGGGUGAAGGCGCCCGGCUUUGGCUACGUUGGCACGUGGUACACGUUUGCGGGCAUUUGCUUGUUGACGCUUCUCCUCACGUGGUUCUGCAUGUUUGACAACAACGACGGCGACAUGUCUACCAUUGACAACGAGUUCAAGGCCAAGCUCGCGCUCGAGACGAACGAGACGCACCAGUCGUUUAUUGCGGGCGACGACCACGAGUUUGACAAGGACGUGGGCUACGUCAAGGCCUAG